AUGCAUGACCGCACCAGGCUGCUCAUUAUCAUUACUGCGAGCAGAGGAAAGAGAAACCCAGACCGUGAUACUGUGACCGAAGACACGCAACCCACUCGCCCCGGCCUCGCUGGUCACACCUCGCCUGACUUGGGCCAUUUGCACGGCCACCCAGCAAGCCUCAAAAUCUGUUUCAUAAUUGCCUCCAAAGUUGUCGCUGGCCCUGAAAGCCACCAACCAACCUUCUACGACACGUCAUCAGCAGUCUCGUCAUACCCGGACAGGCGGCAGUGGUACGACUUGGAGGAACUGACCAGCGCCGUCUUGUCAGAUCGAAUGCACUGUCGCAGUCGUGUCUCUACGCGGCGCCGCCAGCCACAGCCAGUGGACACAAGCAGAACAAGUCGACUCCACCGCGGCACCUUCAAGUGGCUUAUCCCUUUUUGCCGGAACGGACUACUGCUACAGAGCCGGGUCGCGCCAGGCAUUCAACUGCAUCGCCAGACAGCCCAGGACCUGCAGCUGCUCAAAUUCCCUCCAGCAUCUCGACGCCAACACCUGCCGCCCUGGAAUGUGUGCCCAUUCACAACAACUGCGGGCGGGACAGCAAGCUACAUGGAUGGCAACAGCGACAAGACAGCGCCCCAGCAACGAAUGCAUGCCCCGCCACCCUCACGCGCUGCCAGUGUAACCCAUGCUUUCCCCGCCCCGCCUUAA